AUGAUGAUGAUGAUGAUGGGCCGUGUGAUGUGUGUGUUGGCCGUUGUGCUGUGCUGCGCCUGCGGAGCUGUUGUAGUAGUUGCAGUGUCAGCUGAUGGUCCUGAUGUAAAGAGUGAUCUUCGUGAAGAAAAAGACAAAAAGGACAAGGAGCGAAUGAAUGAUUUGGUGGGGUAUGCUCAUGAUUUUAGUUUCGUACACUGGUCUACUGGUUUGAGCAAAGAAGGUAGGGAAGCAGCUGAAAAGGAGGAAGAGUGUAAGAAGGAGAAUUCUAAACUUGACGAUGAAACUUGUAAGAAGAUUGGAGUCGUUCGGAAGGCUGCACCGUCACAAAAGCCACUGGCUCCCGAGAGAACUAAAGAGGGGGUUCCUCAGUCCGUUGGAGGAAGUGGUCUGGGUAAAGGGAAUGAUCAUUUGCCAGAGGUUUCAGCAGAAGGCACACCAGAAGGUGCUGACCGUUCCCCUGCUGCUGCACAACACAAACCAGAUGCUGAUGCUACUACAACACAAAGCCAAAAUCAAGAGUCUAAUACGCUACCACAAGAACACCAAGGAACACCGAGCAACACAUCUGAUAACACUGCAGCCGGUGAUGGUAAUCCUAACCAGCAGUCUUCUGCAGCUGAAGGUGCGACUUCCACAGAAGGUUUACAGGAGAAUGCCAAUGCUGACUCAACGGCCACCACCACCACCACCACCACCACAACAACAACAACAACAACAACCCUUCCUCCUGUUCCUGUACCCAAUGCAGAGAUCAGCAGCAACAUCGCUUCCGCAGUUCAGAAGAAGGCUAAUGUUGACAGCAGUCUCAGUCCUGUGUGGAUGCGCACUGUAACACCGCUGCUGAUUGUGGCUGUGUUGUUCUCCGUUACUGUGUACUGA